CGUCUUCCCCGGCCGUUCCCAAUCCCACACGCCGUAGCCCGCAGCCGGUAUCGUUUCCAGGAGAGGGGAGGGAAACCGAGUCCAUGCUUCCGGGCGUGGAGCUCGCGCGGCGGCGCCGCGUGCACUACCACGGCGACGUCCUGGGCGUGGGGGGCGGCGACCACCACCACGCCCACCACCACAAGCAGGGGCCCACGACGUCGCACGCGGCCACCGGCAUGGUCGGACCCGCGCUGGCGGCCCGCAACCGGCUCCAGGAGAAGCUCCGCGGCGCCGCCUCGCGCUCCUCCUCCACCUCAACCAACUCGAGGUGGGGCUGGAGAACGCGAGAGCGAGAUAAUGGAGCAAGCUCCAGACAGCACAGCAUCCAGCAAGAGCAGCAGCAGCAGCAGCAGGACCUCGCAGUCGCAGCUAGCACGUUCAGGUCCCCCUGUCCGGUUCCAGCGAUGACAGUAACUACUAGCCGCCGUGCUGAGAUGAGGAGGACGCUGUCCAAAGCCGACGUCUGCGCGGUGUGCCUCGAUGAGGUCCGGGAGAGGCAUCAGCGGGUGACGAGGCUGCCGUGCUCCCACAGGUACCACUCCGACUGCGUCCUCCCUUGGCUGGCCAUCCAACCGGACUGCCCCUGCUGCAGGACGCUCGUGCCUUCAGUGGAAACCCUCUCCUGAAACAACAUGCUGUUUUUUGAAGUGCCAUCUUUCUUGGGCUAACAUAGCAGCAUGCACUAACUUAACUGAGGACGGAACAGAGUUUUUCCUUUGACCUUUUCUGAUCAUAUAUUGUAAGUACAGAUGAUUUGCUAAUUAAUAAUCAGAUGGUUUGCAAAAACUUUGAUAUGUUGGGAUGUUUCUGCCCAUGGGAAAAUUAGUAUGAUACCUCUGAGAGUG